CGAGCCCGAGCCGGGACUCGGCCUCGGUCGCUACCCCGUCUACUGCUCCCCGGGCCUCCGGGUCCCCGGACUGUUGGUGUCCGGGCUGAAGGUCGGUCCGGACGACGGAGGACGCAGACCUCCGGACUGUCGGGGCGGCCUCCUGACGGGGCCCCCCGGCUGCCGAGAGGGAUCAUGUCUACUGCCUCCGCUGCCUCCUCCUCCUCCUCCUCUUCGGCGGGUGAGAUGAUCGAGACCCCCUCGCAGGUCCUCAACUUCGAAGAAAUCGACUAUAAGGAGAUCGAGGUGGAAGAGGUUGUUGGAAGAGGAGCUUUUGGAGUGGUAUGCAAAGCUAAGUGGAGAGCAAAAGAUGUGGCCAUUAAACAAAUAGAAAGUGAAUCUGAGAGAAAAGCUUUUAUUGUAGAGCUUCGACAAUUAUCCCGUGUAAACCAUCCAAAUAUUGUGAAGUUAUACGGAGCCUGUUUAAAUCCAGUAUGCCUUGUAAUGGAAUAUGCUGAAGGAGGCUCUUUAUACAAUGUGCUGCAUGGUGCCGAGCCCUUGCCAUACUACACUGCUGCCCAUGCAAUGAGCUGGUGUUUACAGUGUUCCCAGGGAGUGGCAUAUCUUCACAGUAUGCAACCGAAAGCUCUAAUUCACAGGGACUUGAAACCACCCAACUUACUGCUGGUUGCCGGGGGUACAGUUCUAAAAAUCUGUGAUUUUGGUACUGCCUGUGACAUUCAGACACACAUGACCAACAACAAGGGAAGUGCUGCUUGGAUGGCACCUGAAGUUUUUGAAGGUAGCAAUUACAGUGAAAAAUGUGAUGUCUUCAGUUGGGGUAUUAUCCUUUGGGAAGUGAUAACCCGUCGAAAACCUUUUGAUGAGAUUGGUGGUCCAGCUUUCCGCAUAAUGUGGGCUGUUCAUAAUGGUACUCGACCCCCACUGAUCAAAAAUUUGCCCAAGCCUAUUGAAAGCUUAAUGACUAGGUGUUGGUCAAAGGAUCCUUCACAACGACCUUCCAUGGAGGAAAUUGUGAAAAUAAUGACUCACUUGAUGCGGUACUUUCCAGGAGCAGAUGAGCCAUUACAAUAUCCUUGUCAGUAUUCAGAUGAAGGACAAAGUAACUCUGCCACAAGCACAGGUUCAUUCAUGGACAUCACUUCUACAAAUACCAGUAACAAGAGUGACACUAAUAUGGAACAGAUUCCAGCAACAAAUGACACCAUUAAGCGCUUAGAAUCAAAAUUGUUGAAAAAUCAAGCCAAACAACAGAGUGAUUCUGGGCGUUUAAGCUUGGGAGCGUCUCGAGGGAGCAGUGUGGAAAGUUUGCCACCAUCAUCAGAGGGCAAGAGGAUGAGUGCUGACAUGUCUGAAAUAGAAGCAAGAAUAGCUGCUACCACAGCCUGUUCCAAGCCUAAACGGGGCCAUCGUAAAACUGCUUCAUUUGGCAACAUUCUGGAUGUCCCUGAGAUCGUCAUAUCAGCAGGCAACGGACAGUCAAGGCGUAGAUCCAUUCAAGACUUGAGUGUUACUGGAACAGAACCCAGUCAGGUGAGUAGUAGGUCAUCCAGUCCUAGUGUCAGAAUGAUCACUACCUCAGGACCAACUUCUGAAAAGCCAACAAGGAGCCAUCCCUGGACUCCCGAUGAUUCCACAGAUACUAAUGGAUCAGAUAAUUCCAUCCCAAUGGCCUACCUUACGCUGGAUCACCAACUACAGCCGCUAGCACCGUGCCCAAACUCCAAAGAAUCUAUGGCUGUGUUUGAACAGCAUUGUAAAAUGGCCCAAGAAUAUAUGAAAGUUCAAACAGAAAUAGCAUUACUGUUGCAGAGAAAGCAAGAACUAGUAGCAGAACUGGACCAGGAUGAAAAAGACCAGCAAAAUACAUCUCGUCUGGUACAAGAACAUAAAAAACUUUUAGAUGAAAAUAAAAGUCUUUCUACAUACUACCAGCAAUGCAAAAAACAAUUAGAGGUCAUCAGAAGUCAACAACAAAAACGACAAGGCACUUCAUGAUUCCCUGGGACCUUGGAUUUGAAAAUCAUGCACAGAAAGACUUUUUUUUUUUUGAGGGGGGAGGGGGAACAUUAAUACUUAUAAUUCAUGAGUGUUAGCUUCUUGAUGUGUUCUAAAUGCCUACUCCCUAUAUUUGCUGCAUUUGUUACAUCAUUUAUUUUCCUAUUCUUCUGGUGGACCGGCAGUUCAACAGUCCUGUUGAAUAACAUGGAACAUCCAUGACUUGAAUAAGCAGCAGAACUUAGCAUUAAGGCAGAUACAGUGAACCAUGACUGUGCAUGCAUGCUUAUUGUGUCAAGGCUAGCCUGACAGAAAGAGGAGGUGGGUUAAAAUGGCUGCUAUAUGCAACAUCUUCUUGGUUUUCAUAUUAGCAUGUUACCUCAGUAAGAACAAAACAAAAACUUGGAGAAUAGUUUUGUUCUUGUAUCUCAUCUCAAGCAAAUUCAAAGUAUCAUUUUUAGAUGAAAAGAAGCAUGUCCCAAGUUUAAAGACAAAGUGCUGUCCUAAAAUAAUUGGUGAUACAUUGCAGAGACAGUUAAUCCAUAGGCAUGAUGUAAAAUGGAAGGCAAUCUGAUGCCAAUAUCCCUGCCUUAGUGAUUUCCUUCCAUAAGAUUUUUGGAGAUAAGUAAGCAGCUAUUGCUUCAUUUUAGAAAAGGAGCAGUUUUGGCCUUGUCUUACUGAACUGCAAUUUGAUGGCGAUACUGUAAGUAAAAUGUCUCUCUCUUUUUUAAAUGUUUUUAAUUAAUUAUGAUUGUGUGUAUGCAUGAGUCGAAACCUAAGAAGUUUUGUGCCUCUCAUAUUUCUUAAAUGAAACUAAAAGGCUAAUGAAAAUGAUCCAUCUUAAAUGAUCAUUCUUUCCACAGUAAUAUUUGCCUGGUUUUAUACUACAUAUUCAAAAAUCUAUGGAAAAAGAAGCAGGAUUCCUCACAGAUGCAAUGAGUUGUUCUGGCUUGAAAGACUUGGAUUUGGUAGAGAAUCCACUAAAUAAGGAAUAAAAGCUAGAAAAUCAGGAGGGUCAAGUCAGGAAGUAAAAAGCAAACAAUAUCAGAUCAUCAAGCACUCUCCAUAUUCCAGUGCUGUGAGUGAUGCCGGCUCGAAGCAAGCCUAUCCUAGAGUGAAUGCCUGCCACUGCCUCUUUGCCUGCAAAAAGAAGGAGCCACACUUCAUCGCUAGAAAUGGAGAGAGAGAGAGAGAGAGAGAGAAAGAGUGUGUGUGUGUGUGUGUGUGUGUGUGUGUGUGUCUCUAUAUCCUUCAUUGCCCACAAUCAUGUGGAUAGAAAUAACUUUAAAGUAGUAAUAAAAGAUCAUGGAGCACUUAGAAUUUCUAUAGCCUGGUAAUAUCUUUUCAGCUGACAUAAAGUCAGUCCCAGUGGAUAAAGUGUUAUUCUCAAAUUUUGAAAGCCUUUAUAUUUUCCAAGGAAAAAAAUUUUAAAGGAACAGGUUGCUGUGUCAUCAAAAUGCCAAAAAAGACAAUUGAAACUUUUAUGGGGGGUGUUUAGUUCUUUGGCUGUAUUUCAGAUGAGCAUUUAGUCUUAAUAUUAGAACUGUUGAUUAAAAUAUGAGUCAUAAAAAAGACAUUUUUUCUUCCAUUUUCUCUUCCCACUAAGCUUCAUGGUAUGUGUUUUUGUGUGUCCAUGUGGGUUUAUGUGCACAGGCAUUUAUUUCUAUGUAUUUGAGAGAAAUAAUAGCUAUUAUAAAGAUGAAGGAUGAUUUGUUACUAAGGUCAUUUUUAGCUUUAAUCUAUUAUUGGGAAGUCUCUGGAAGCUAAAAUUUUCAUUUUUUUAAAUAAAGGGAGGGUUAUCAUUCCCAAAUAAUUUGAUUAGCUAGCUGAAACUGAUAUUGGGAUCAACUUAAGGGCACACAUAUUUAUAGCAAAAUGUAAUUGGCAGAGAAAAUAACUGUAGAAUUAUGAAUAGCACAGUUAUCCAAAGCAUUGCUGCUUUCAUCCAUCUGUCAAUCUACUGAAAUGGACUCAGUCCAUGAUCAGUGAUUUUCAUAACAUGUUUCAAAGCAUGAUGCUUAGCAGCAUGGAUGUGAAGGCAUGAUUUCACCUGCAUGUUUAAUAAUUGCAGAUGUUAAAUCAUAUUUCAGGAUAUCCACUGGUUAUUGCUGUUACUACCCAUAUUUAAAAGGGGAAAUGGAAGUUCUUUAGCUUAUGUGAAGGUCAUGCUAAUUUGAAGACAUGGUACAUAGUUCAAAUGGCCAUUUAGAGCAGUUGCUUCUUUGUUUACAGUCAACUCGUAUUUUUUAAGUACUGUAGUUCUCCUAUACAUUGAGUGAAAUUCACCUUGUUUAGUUUUUAAGUAGUUUGUAUUGCCAGUCUAAAGUUAUGUGUGUUUAUUUUUUUGUUUUGUUUUCAUUUUUUAACAAGGGAGUAAAGACAAUGACUAAUUAUCCUUGGUGAUGGGGAACAGGGGUAGGUGGCAUGAGUCAUUUGAAUCCCUAAAUAAUCCCCAAACUUCAUGUUAACCAAUUUCUUCAACACACUCUCACUUCAACCUCCUAAACGGAGUUUUAUCAAGAAGCCAAAUUUAAUUAACUCUACAUUUUACCUUCUUGCCUUGACCAUCAUAGAUGGGCAGUGUUGAGAAGGAAGGAAAGCAAGAAUUCUAGGUGAUCCACCAACUAAAUAAUCAACCCUUGAUAACUAAAAGUUGGUUCUACCUAUGUAACAUUUGCCUACCUUAAAAAGACCUUUGAAGAAAAAUGUUUUGUUUUCUCUAAGAUCUAUGCAGUAGCAAUGACUUUUUUGAGUCAAACAAAAAAUCAACCACCAGUAUUUUCCUUAUAGCACCAUUAGCAUGUUCUGAAGGCUUUUAUUAUACAGUUGUUUACAAAUGUCGUACUUGUCUUUUUUGUUAAAAUAUUUUGGCGUGUUGACUAUUUUCCAUGUUACUCUUAUGUUCCUAAUUAAAGUUAUCCCUCCAUAUAUUCAUAGAGGUGAAGCAUCUAUUUUUUUCUCUUCCUCUUCCCCCUUUUUAAAAUUCUGACUUUCACCUCCUUGUUUUUUGCCUUAAAAAGUUGAUGAAUUCUGCUUAUAUCAUUCAGAAUUUUUAUGUAAGAUAUUGUGUAAUGCCAGUAUGCUUCUGUAUUCUAUGUGAUUCUAACACCCCAAAAUGCUUUUUUAGAUUUAUUUUUGUUUUUGAUGAAAAAUUGAAGAUUGUAAUUCAAAACUUGUAUAUAAAAUGGCAGAUGAUUUCAUAUGAUAGAGGAAUGAGCUGUGUGGCUUUCUGCUGCAACAGUGUAUUUACCUUAUACAAAAUCUAAUAAAAAUUGAAAAUUUUCAGUA